AUGGCAACUCCCAUGAGCGACGUGCCUUGGGACUUACUCACCUCCCAUUUUGAGUUUGCCACAUCUCAUCCCGACCACGGUGACAUUACCAACUUUUACCCUCGCCAUAAACCAGACCAAGGCAAAGAUCUAAACAGGUUUGUAGAACUGCUGGCCGAGUUUCUUACGACUUCAGCUGCCCAGGAACGAAAGAAAUAUGCAGAAAGCUACGAGGAUCCAGAUCCCAAUGACAUAGUCAUACCCGAGUCGGACCUCGUUGAGAUGGACGCAUCCUUGCGUCGCUGGUACUUGUCGUGUGCCGUCAGCGGAACCCCGUCUUGCCUUCAAAACCGCGGCCCGCUACAGGAUGAGCGUAUGCCGUGGUCUGUGAGGCGGUUCAAGCAUGCCGGGGCGCCAUUGCCAACGUCCGGAGCUGGUGGUGAGCCCGUGAUAUGCACUCACGUAGGCGACUACAACUGCCGGUGUCUCCCCCGUUUUGAGGAUCGACGCAUGUCGACGUUUCUCCACGAUUAUCAGCGCAACGAUUGCUACCGGUUCGACGAGGAAAACGGCGACGGCUUCUACGGCCUGGAGCUGCUCAAGGCGCUGAUCCUGCAUGGCAGCAUGGACACGGUGCUACGCAUCUGCGCGCACCAUACGGUCGACUUCCUGAGCUGGUGGGACGUGCAGACCUGCUACUGCGUGGGUCCCGACGUGGCGUUGGGCAUGAUGUGUCGAGACACGCUGCGGGCAUACAUCUUGCUCAACUUCAUCCGACGAGGGUUCCCGGAGCGGUGCGUCAGGAAAGCCGGGGGGAACGCCAAGAGCGAGGAGGAGGAAUGGUCGGAUCCAUCCCCGGACUACUUGAGCACCAAAACGUACCAGAGGCUGGUACACGACCUGACCGUAUCGGACAUGAUGACGCAGAUCCCGCAGUUUCGACACAUGGAGUUUUUCGGCAUCCGAGACGACCAUUCCCGGACGUGUCCGCGCAAGGAGAGUCGGUGGAAAGUCAAAUAUGAUCACUUUUACCCGCUGGGCCGCAUAAGCUAUAAAGAGUUUAUAGGUUUGGAUUUUGACACGGAUCCACCGUACAUGCCGUCAGCUGCCGAAAUCGAAACGGUGAGGUCGGUGCUGGGCGUAAAAGGCCUUCCAACCGAGCUUGUCGAUAUCGUUCUUCGCCUUGCAGAUUAUCACGAGACGCGGCUCUUGAAGGUACCGCACGAUCCGCUCCAUGAGUUGAAUAGGGAUCAGCUAGAUGAGUAUUUAGCUUGGUCUUGGCAGAUACUACUACGAUUCGACAUGUUAGCCAGGGCGGAGGGGGAUGAGGUACCGUGGGAUAUGCUGAUUGGCAAAUGUUUGGUUGAGUCGUUUCCUCUUGACAUGCCAAUGAAGGAUGUUCCGCGUCAAGAGAAGACAGAGUGCUACAUAAAAAACGACGAUCUGGAAUCUGACGGACUAAGAUUUACCGAGCGUUACAAAACAGUGUUUCUAUAG